CUGAGGAUGCCAAGUGAAACUGGGUUGACUGAUUUUACUCAUGAAUGACACCAUUUUUUUUUAAAGUAGUAAAAGCAGCAUCGAGCAGGAGGGGUUCUCCCGUGUGUUUACCGAAGGAAGAGCUCGACAGAUGCCAGUAACGAGAGCAGGGAGCUUCUGCUUUUCUUUUCUCUGUCAUUUUGGGCUUGUGACAAAGGAGGAAAAGAAGAAUUUCUUGAGUGCUUCUUGUCUGAUUUGCUGGAGACCAAGAUGAUGGAGCCAGAAUUGAGAUUCCUGGAGGAGUUUGUGGACGUCAGCACCCCGCAGAGGAACUGGAAGGGCAUCGCCAUCUCUCUGCUUGUGAUUGCGGCAGUCUGCUCGCUCAUCACCAUGUCUGUGGUCGUCCUCACACCUGCUGAUCUCCCAGGCAGCAGCAAGUCUGCGCUGACUGUAGACGAUCUUUACUCUUCAGAGUUCGCUGUGCAUGACCCAGAAGCCACAUGGAUAAGUGAUUCUGAGGUAGUUUACAGGAACCGAGAUAAUCAUGUUGUGAAAUUUGAUUUCACUCUCAACGAGACUCAAGUCCUAUUGAGUGACGCGACCUUUAUGGCGUUCAAGGUGGCAAAGCACUCACUCUCAGCAGACCUUCAAUAUGCACUCUUUGCUUAUGACGUCAAACAGAUGUACAGAUAUUCCUACCAGGCUUCUUACAUUGUUUACAACCUAUACACCCGGGAGGUUUGGGAGCUGAACCCUCCAGAAGUUCCUAAUGCUGUGCUGCAGCAUGCGGCGUGGGGAAAACAAGGACAACAACUGAUUUAUAUUUUUGAGAACAACAUCUACUACCAGUCGGAUGUGAGGAGCAACUCUCUGAGGAUCACCUCUUCUGGCAUGGAGGGCGUCAUCUUUAACGGGCUUGCUGACUGGCUGUAUGAAGAGGAGAUUCUGCACUCCCACUUGGCUCACUGGUGGUCCCCUGAUGGAGAGAAACUGGCUUUCCUCACCAUCAACGACACACUGGUACCUAACAUGGCCUUACCCCAGUUCACUGGCAGCACCUACCCUCGUGGACUCCAGUACCCGUAUCCGAUGGCCGGUCAAACAAACUCUGUGGCCAAGUUGUCUGUGGUCAAUCUCGUCGGGAUAACACAUACUGUGGAGCUGCAGCCUCCCAAUCAGCUCGGGCUAAGGGAUUUCUAUAUUACCAUGGUGAAGUGGAUCAGUAACGAGCACCUCGCCGUUCGCUGGCUCACUCGGGCCCAGAAUGCAUCAGUGCUGACAGUGUGUGAUGCCGCUGCAGGAGUCUGCCUUGUGAGGCUCGAGGAGUCUUCAGAUUCAUGGAUCUCCAGGCAGAACCAGGAGCCUCUUUUUUCUAAGGACACAACCAAGUUUUUCCUUGCUGUUCCUGAGAGACAAGGUGAUCAGGGUGGCUUCCACCACAUCGCCAUGUUUACCAAAAAGCUCGGGGGCAACGAGGAUAAGAUUGAGCACAUAACGUCUGGCGUCUGGGAGGUGACGCAAAUUGUGUCUUAUGAUGAAAACAAGCAGGUCAUAUACUUCCUGAGCACAGAAGUUUCUGCACAAGAGAGGCAUUUAUACAGUGUGUCCACCCUGGGUGUAUUUCCACGACAAUGCCUCACCUGUGGCCUGCGAGAAACCUGCAUGUUCUUUGAUGCUAACAUCAGCCCUGAUGCGCAGCACGCCAUCCUGCACUGCAAAGGUCCGGGAGUUCCAUCAGUACUGCUUCUAAGUUUGGAUGAGGUGGACUCCUAUUUCGUCCUGGAAAACAAUCACCCUCUGUGGUCGAUGUUGUCCACCAAAAGAACAGUUCAGACCCAAAUCCACACCAUCCAUCAUGGCAACUUUGAGCUGCCUCUGAAACUCAUCCUUCCUCCUGACUUCUCUGAGUCCUUCCUCUAUGGCCUUCUGCUCAUUGUUGGCAGCUCUCCUGGUGAUCAGGCAGUCACAGAGGAGUUUAGGCUGGACUGGGACUGGGUCCUAGUGGGCUCAGAGCAGGUGAUUGUGGCUCGGCUCGAUGGUCGGGGUUCAGGGUUCCGAGGUCAAAGGAUGUUGCAGCAACUCCAUCAGAACAUGGGGCAGGUGGAUGUUGAGGACCACAUAGCAGCCCUGGCGUACUUGGUGAAACUGCACUUCAUCGAUCCAACAAGGGUCGGCGUUUUCGGAGAGCACUAUGGCGGUUACCUGACGCUUAUGCUGCUAAAGUCGACCGAGGGGAUGAUCCGUUGCGCUGCAGCUCAGGCUCCUGUUGUGGACUGGACCAUGUAUGCUUCAGCAUUCUCAGAGCGAUACUUUGGCUUGCCUUCAACUGAGGAGAACAGAUAUCAAAUGUCCAAAGUUAUUCCAGACAUGAGAGGUCUGCAGGGAGGAACUCUGUUUCUUGCCCAUGGGACGGCCGAUGCAAAUGUUCACUUUCAGCACUCUGCGGAGCUCAUCAAGCACUUGAUCAGGAUUGGAGCCAACUAUACCAUGCAGAUCUACCCUGAUGAGGGCCACUUCCUGUCAAGACAAAGUCAGAUUCAGCUGAGGCACUCUUUGAUUGGUUAUUUUAGAGGUUGUCUGUUGGACGCAUCGUCGUUACUGGACCGGCAAGCAGAGGACGAGUGAGGAGGAACUCCACAGAAGAAUAGUGUGUGUGUCUGUUUUAUACACUUAGCACAGUAUUUGAUCAACAAAUAACAGGAUUUGGAACAGGGGUGUCCAAACAUUUUCCUCCGAGGGUCAGAAAAAUUUAAGGAUGCAAGGGCCACUUUGACAUUCUUCAACUUUCAUUCAUUUCAGUCAUUAAACACGCUAAAGCUAAUCCAUCAAGCAAUUAUAUAUUUUUUAUAUUUUUUUGAAAAAAUUGCUACAUCACAGUUUUCCGGUAAUGGUGAUGAGGCAUAAAGUAUCGGACUUUUCAGAAUUUUGGGGUGUCCUGUGACGCUGAAUUCCACAAGAACAGAACUGCCCCUGGACUGAGCAGCAACUUAACAUUUCCACAAUAAGAGCCAAAAUAAGCGCAGGCUGUACUAAGCUGAUCAUUUAUAUAGUAGUUAGUUGAGGAUCAUUGAUGUGAUAUGUUCACAAAUCGGACUGUGACACAAAGCAGAAAUUGGAGCGAACAUGUAUUGCCUCAAAUGAAAUUAUAGUGGUGCCUUGACAUUACAAUAUGUUCUAUGACCAUGCUCAUAACUCAAAACACCGGUAUCUCAAAACAUCUUUCCCCGUUGUAAUAAAAGGAAAUGCCAUUAAUUUGUUCCAGCCUACCAAAGAACCCCACCCAACAUGUUUUCCAAUACAGAAAACAGUACUCUACAAUAUUAUACUUUAUAUAAACAAAUCAUAAAAAGAUGAUUUAAAUAGAAUGUGAAGAAUUAAACUGUCUGUGCAUCAUGAUUAAUUCACUUUCAUUGUAUGACGCCUGGUGUGUGCGCCUUGGUCAACUGAUAGUUUAAUACAGACAUACAAACAUGGAGACAGAGGAGAUGGUUACCACUCCUCAGUAUGCUGCAUCAAUAUUAGUAAUUAUUCGAUUAUUGUCUGUGUUCAUAUGUUGCUCCACCGUUUGUGUUCAAAUUUCCUUGCUCGAUACUGAUGCUAUCCGUCUGUUGUUUUGCAUUUUGUAGUAGCAUUAAGCUAAGUGGACUUCCUAAACCAAAACUAUGUGGUUGUUUUAAAUACGCGUGUAAUGUUGUAAUGGUUUAUGUUUAGUUUGAUAGUAAAAAAAAAAAAAACUGGGAGUGGCAUUUAAUAACUUGAAGACUCUUUGUUCGAAGAAGAAUUGUUCACUAUCUGUCAAACUGCUGCUGGUUGUUAGGUGAGUUGAGUUGAUUUUACUGCCACCAUAAAGCGCUCCUACUAGACUUUUGUGCGCAAGUCAAAGCAAAAGGCUUGUAUCUCGAAAACCUUGGGUCACUCGUAUUGGAAGGCACCACUAUAACUUAUAUGAAGAGGAAUGGUAUUGCUGUUUUAGUUGAAAAUAGUUUAUUUGUAUCUUUACAAUAAAAUCAAUUUAUUGUUAGUAAUGGUAGUCAUAAGUGUCGAGGGCAUCGCAUCCAUGGAGAAUGUGGGUGUCGCUACCUUACACUUCUACAUUUUUCAUGCUGCCCACCCACACCUUCUUUUUUGUAAUAAAUAAUAUUUCGCCCCGUGACGAAAAUUAUUGGUAGUACUGGUGUAUGCCGCCAGCCACAAAAAAAAUGGACAGCAGGCCAGAAAUGGCCCUUGGGCUGUAGUUUGGACACCCCUGAUUUAGAACCAAAAUGAAGAUAUAGUGACCCUCUUCUGGGAUUGAUAUCACCAGAUUCUGUUUUUAGCACCUCAAAAGUAAUGUUUAAAAAUAUAGCAUAAUGCUUUGUGCGUAGUGUGAGACCAAAAAAUGGUUGGUGAUCUUGCGACGUGAAGCCACCAACUCUGUGUUGCACUUCAGUCUUUGUCGACUGUGUGCUUGAAAGCGGUCGGUUCAGUCUUCAGACUGUGAAUUUAGUUAUUUUAAAGAGACUUAAUCAUCACUCAUUGUUAGGCCUUACAUUUUUGUGAACAUGGAGCUAUUUAACUUAAGAGUUACUGUACCGUCCUGCCAGGCUUCCCCGAGUGAGCCGCGUAGAAGUCGUCCAAAAGGGUGUGAUCGAGUUUUAGCUUCCGGGAAAUCAAAAACUGCUCCUCCGGCCCGUACCCUUCCCAGUCGACCAGGUACUGGAACCCCCUCCCCCUAGGCCGCAUGUCGAGGAUACGUGACACCGUGAAGGCCGGAUGGUCGUCAAUAAUCCGGGGGGUCAGAGGUUAUUCAGAUGGAGGGUGCAGGUGGAGAGAGGCUUCAGCAAAGAGAUGUGGGAUGAAUCUUCAAGGACUGUGGAAGCUUCAACUCGAUGGAAGUGGGACUGAUGAUUUUAGUAAUUGGCAAUGGGCCAAUGAAACGGGGAGCGAGCUUACAGGACUCUGUUUGAAGUGGGAGGUUGUGUAAAGACAGCCAGACAGAUUGACCCACCUUGUAUUCGGGCGCCUGGGAGCGAUGACGGUCCGCGAGCUGCUUGUUGCGUGCCGCUGACCGAGUCAACGCUGCCUGGAAGUCCUUCCAAACCGCCUGGCCUCGCUGGAGGUGAUCCCGUACGGUUGGAAUGGCCACCGCCUGCUCCUGUACUUGGAAUAGUGGGGGUUGGAAACCGUAGCAAGCCAUGAAUGGUGACAUACCGGUAGAAGAGCUGGUGAGGGAGUUGUGAAUGUAUUCGAUCCAUGGGAGGAAGGAGCUCCAUGAGGAGGGGUUGCGUGCGGCCACACAGCCGAGAGAUGAUUCCAUGGAUUGGUUAGCCCGCUCCGUCUGGCCGUUGGUCUGUGGAUUAUACCCAAAGGAUAAGAUGGCUGCUGUGCCCACCGCUUUGCAGAAUUCCUGCCAGACCUAAGAAGAAAACUGGGGACCUCGAUCGGAGAUAAUAUUGUUGGGUAUCCCGUGGAACUUAAAUACAUGGCUGGAUAUGGACGCUGUGUUCUUCGGGGGAGCGGGAGAAAAUUAGGAUAUCGUCGAGGUAUACGAAUAUGAAGCUUUACAGUUCUAUUGGUCAUUUCCAAAAGAUGCAGACAGGUAACAGUAAUUUAGCAUAGUUUAAAUUAGGAAUCCCAACCCGUCUCACUAAGCAAGAGAAUCCAAAUAGAUGCCAAUAAACUAAAUCAAAAUAGACAUAAUAAUGAAACAAGAACAGAAAGCUGAUGAUCUAGAAAUAUGAAGUUCAUUUGUGUUGUGGAAAUGAUAUUUUAUGUUAAUAAUACAGAACAGUAUAUAAUUUAGCGCAUGAAAAGUAAAAAUGCCUGUACUGGUAUUACCCUGGUAAA